AUGACGGAGUUGGCAGUUGUGUGGGUGGCCAAUCUUUAUGACAGUUACUUUAAUUCAAGGCUUACUGAUCAGAACACCCAGCAGCUUCUCUCCUCUCAAGACAUGAUUGUCCCCAACUUCAAGUGUGACAAGCAAAAACAUCUGAUAGCCAUCAUUGGAGGACAUGACCAUAAAAUCUCCCUUCAACUGGAUACUAUUUUGGGCAUUUACAAGAUUCUACAGAUUGCCUAUGUUGCAUUAUCUCCAAUGAUCAGUGUUAAAACCCAGCUCCCUUCAUUUUAUCGGAUGGCUCCUAAUGAAGCACAUCAGUACAAUGGGAUUGUCCAUCUCCUUCUGCAUUUCCAGUGGAUUUGGAUUGGAAUCAUCACAGCAGACAAUGAUGAUGGAGAAAAUUUUCUGCAAAUAUUGAUACCAAUGCUUUCUAGGAAUAAAAUAUGUACAGCUGUCAUUGAAAAAUACCCAGAGCCAUCAGAUUUUAUAGAGAAAAUGAGUUCAGUCGAAUCUCUUCGGGCUAUGGCCAUUUCAUUAACCAGUUCCAAAGUCAAAGUAUAUCUUAUAUAUGCGGAUAUUGUGACCAUUGCAUCUUUUAAAUGUUUCAUCUAUUUCACCACACUAUCUGAAGGUAUUACAGAGAAUGCUUUGUACAGAGUGUGGAUCAUGACUGCUCAUUGGGACUUCUCAUCCAAUGCCGUGCACAGGGCUUUGGAUAUACAAAUCUUUGGUGGUGCCUUGUCUUUUUCAACUCACUCCAAUGAAGUCUUGGGGUUCAAAGAAUUCCUCCAGCUCCUACAACCUAAUGUGCCCAAAGGAGAUGGCUUUCUCAGAGUCUUCUGGGAAAAGGCAUUCAGCUGUUUAUUUUCUGAAUCUAAUAUACACAAGGAGAGUGAUGAUACCUGCACUGGCGAAGAGAAGCUGGAAAGCCUGCCUGGGGCUCUGUUUGAAAUGAGCAUGACUGGCCAAAGCUACAGCAUCUACAAUGCCGUCCAUGCCAUAGCACAUGCUCUACAAAAGAUAUACACAUCCAGGCCAAAACCCAGAGCAAUGGCUGACAGGGGUAGAUGGGAUCUUCAGAAUCUGCAACCUUGGCAGGUACACCCUUUCCUGAGGAGCAUCUCAUUUAACAACAGCGCUGGGGACACCGUGGUUUAUAAUGAGGAUGGUGAACUAGCAGCUGGAUUUGAUGUCAUAAACUGGGUUACUUUCCCAAACCAAUCUUUCCACAGAGUGAAAGUAGGAAGGAUAGAUCCACAGGCUUUACCAGGCCAGGAAUUCACCAUUAACCAGGAGGUCAUCACAUGGCACAGCAUGCUUAAUCAGGUGUUGCCCCUUGCUGUGUGUAAUAACAAUUGCCAUCCAGGUUACAGAAGAAAAACAAAAGAAGGGGAACCAUUUUGUUGCUAUGAUUGUGUUCCUUGUCCAGAUGGGGAAAUUUCAGAUCAGAAUGACUUGGAUGACUGUUUCAAAUGCUCAGCAGAUCAAUUUCCAAACAAGAACCAAGAUGGGUGUCAUCCAAAGCGAAUACAUUUCCUCUCUUUCUUGGAAGUUUUGGGGAUUGUUUUGGUUGCCUUGGCUCUUUCUUUUUCUGUGAUCACAGUCUUGGUGAUGACUAUUUUCAUUAAGAACAAGAACACUCCCAUUGUCAAGGCCAACAAUAGAGAUCUCACCUAUGCUCUGCUCAUCUCUCUAUUCCUCUCCUUCCUCUGCUCCUUGCUAUUCAUUGGCCAGCCUCAGAAUGUGAACUGCUACUUACGACAAACAGCUUUUGGUGUCAUCUUCACAAUGGCUGUUUCUUGCGUGUUGGCAAAAACCGCCACUGUGGUUCUGGCUUUCCUGGCCACUAAGCCAGGGAGCAGGAUGAGGAAAUGGGUUGGGAAAAGACUGGCAAACUCUAUUGUUCUUGGUUGCUCCUUGAUUCAAGCAAGCAUUUGUACUGUAUGGCUAUGUACUGCUCCUCCAUUCCCAGAUUUGGACAUGCACUCUCUGGCUGAAGAAAUCAUACUGGGAUGCAAUGAAGGCUCAGUCGCUAUGUUUUAUUGCGUCCUGGGGUACCUGGGAUUCCUGGCUAUUGUUAGCUUUGCAUUGGCUUUCCUAGCCAGGAAGUUACCAGACAGUUUCAACGAAGCCAAAUUUAUCACUUUUAGCAUGUUGCUCUUUUGCAGUGUCUGGGUGUCCUUUUUCCCAUCUUAUCUGAGCACCAGGGGAAAGUAUACUGUGACUGUAGAGAUCUUCUCCAUUUUGACCUCUAGUGCUGGAUUACUGGCUUUUAUCUUUUCCCCCAAAUGCUACAUAAUCAUCCUGAAGCCUGGCUUGAACAGCAAGGACCAGCUAAUUAGAAGAAAAUAG